CCCCAGAGCGUGUCGGUAUGACCGAUGUAGCGUCCACGUACGAGUUUGGUAUCAAAGUCGCCUCCCUCUUCUACGUCAAGACAUGCAUUGACAUCGCAGGGAUCACGGUAUUCCUAUACGACUAUGUCCAAACCUUUUAUGACGAGGUGACCAUGAUCUGGACUGCCCGACUUUCCCUCGGAAAGGUCCUCUUCUUGGUAGUUCGAUACACUCCUUUCGUGGACCUGACCUUGUUUCUGUCAAUGAAUAUCGACUCCCUCGUACCACGCCCAUCCACGUGUGUGGCAAUGCUGGCAAUUGCUGAACUCUGCACCGUGCUCGGGAUUGCUUGCUCAGAAGCGAUUCUCAUCAGCUGCAUCUGCGCUCUUCUGGGCGCACGCAAGAUCUAUUCCACUAUUUUGUGGAUAUUUGUAGCUCUUUGCGUUGUGGUAGCGACGGUGUUCAGUAUCCUAUUUCUAAGCGCCGUGCAAGGUAUCGCAGCACCGUGGCCUCUAACACGCUGCUACUUCCGCUAUUCGCCCCCAAGCCGGGCCCUCUUUUUGGGCCGUCUUUAUUAUAUCCUGCUUGCUGCGGAAUCGGUCGCUGCCAUCAUCGCAGUCUCCGUCGGCGUUAAGAAAUACUGGAGGCAUGGAACUAAGAUAACGACGAUCCUGUACAGGGAUGGAACUAUAUAUUAUAUCGCGUUACUCACAUGCACUAUUCUCAAUAUCAUUACAAACUUACCGAUCGGGGUUGGCCCUCUCAAUCUCUUUCAACGAUCUAUGCACGCCAUCCUCGCAAACCGAUUGCUACUCGACACCCGACGACAAUUCCAACGGUACUAUACGGAGGAAGAUCUGAGAACAGGACCGGUCUCCGAAAUGGAGUUCGGCAGUGCGGGAGAACAGAUGGAGAUGAAUGCGAAAGCCAAAGCGAUGGACUCCCAAUCAACGGGCGAGGAAAACUUUCGCAAUCGGGAGACAAGGUCAGGAAGUUCGGGCCCUACAAGUACCCUGCGACCGAUUGGUGUCAAUGAUGAUGACGGUGGUAUUUCUGUGGUAGACAGGUCGGACUCUGGGCGAAUAUAA